GCUGGCGCUAAUGGAGAGCUUAAUUAUGCAUCAAGUGUGAAGCGAUCUCCUGCCGCUGAUAGCAUCAAGUCCCUCCUCUUUAAUGUCACUAUCAGACCACCUUGCAGAGCCCAAUAUAAAGCCGCCGAGUUGUGCGACUUGUCGCUGUCUCCUGGCCGUGGUGCUGAACUGGCACAAAGCAUGUGGGAGAUCCCGGCUCUGCUGAUAGGCAGCGUUAUGUGCGCGGUGACUGGGGUCCGGCUGGAGGGCAAAGCCUGCGCUCUCCUGUCCUAUCAGGGCCACUUCACCCACUACCAGGUGACAGACGGCAGGGAGCUGGUGAGCUCCACCUGGGACAGCGACAGUCGCUUGCUCUCUUGUUCUGUGAGUGAGGAUGAGGAGGAGGUUGGCUCGUUAUUCUCCAGGUGUAGCAGAAAGUCGCAGCAAGGCGCAGGGGCUGUGGGAUUGGAAGAGUUUGCCGGAGCCAAAUUGGCUUGUGAGUUUUCCCUGCGUGCGGCUGAGUCCGGCGGUCAGACAACCCCCGCGGAGCCGGAACUGCGCAGGGUGAAGCGCGGAUUCACUUAUCCCGGGACCCUGUGGUGCGGAGCGGGAAACAACGCGGAGACCUUUGAGGAUCUAGGUGAACAUACAGCAACUGAUGCUUGCUGUCGGACACAUGAUCACUGCGCGCAUGUCAUCCAUCCAUUUUCAUACCGCUAUGGCUACAGAAACUACUUGUGGCACACCAUCAGCCACUGUCAGUGUGACACGCAAUUUAAAGACUGCCUCCGAAGGGUGAAUGACACUGCAUCGCGGGUUGUGGGACAGGCGUUCUACAAUGUCAUCAAGGUUCCAUGCUUUGAGUUUAUGUACAAAAGCCAGUGUGUGGAAAGGUAUUGGUAUGGCUGGUGUAAGACGUACAAUAAUGAAAGUGUGGCUGUUCCCAAAGAUUCUGGUUUAUAUGAUUUUGGGGGAGAUCUCAUUGACCAAGUUUCCAAUGAGAAGGAAGAGAGUCCCACCCAAGCGCCAGCCGAGCAGCCCACGCUGGGACAGGUUAUGCAAGCCACAGAAGACCUACUGAAACUCAUGAUGACCGUGAGCCCAAGCACAUCAUCUGAUCUUUCUAAGGUUGAAGAAACCAAAAAGAAGGAGAAGAAGAAAGACAAGAAGAAGAAAAAGAAGAAGGAAAGAAAGCAUAAAAAGGGUAAAGGCCUUAAAGGAAAAAAGAAAGGCCAGUCUCAAAAUCAGGACAAAGAAACUCCUGGCAAAGACCUCUGGGGAGAAAAUAUCGGCAAGAACGAGGGCAUAUUGCCUGUUAACCAAGCACUUGAUCAAGUACUGGACCUUGGAAGGAAACAAGAUGACUUCAAUGAUGUUCUAAAUGAUGAACCUGCCAGAAACGCAGCUCCUACACUGCAUAGCUCCAUUAUUCCUGUAACCAGCUUUGAGUAUCUAAAGAGUAUAACGAAGUCGCUGUCGCUUGUAUCCAAACCUUACACUGAGAACCCACAGAAGAAGAAAAGCAGGCAGGGACGAAAGGGAAAAAGAGAGAGGAAAAAGAAAUCCCAAACGGUGGCCCCAGUCUUAGAGAUGUUACAUUAGUCCCACUGUCUCCGCAGCUGAAUGGGUUUCUGGUAGUCUGGCACUCACAGAGCCAUUGGUCCUUAAACAGAAGCAUCGCAAAAUAUUAACCUCCUUGCUGCUACCAGUGUGCCUCCAUAAUCAGUAGAAUUACUGCCAAUCAUGCAAUCAUCCACCCGCUGCCCCUAUACAAUGUGUUCCUCAUAUCCCUACUAUUGCCUAUAAAUUCCUAUUAAGCCAAGGAGAUGGAGCUACUGUGUAUGUUUCCUGUAUGAGUUGGCUUUAAGGACACUUUUUUCCAGACCAUUAGGGUUUAUAGACCUUGUGGGGUCAAUUUAUAUUCCUGUUGAAAACCAAAGAAGUAGUAGAAACCGUUUAAUAAAUACUUUUUUAAGGUUAAUAUACUGUAUAGAGGAGGGCUGCAUCAAUUAUUAAGGGGGGGGGGUUGUUGGCGUAUGAUGAAAGGGAUACUAUCAUCUCAAACAGAUAAAUAUACACUCCUGAACAAUUUGUAAUGUUUUAUUAGAGAAAAUGUAUUUAUUGAGAUUUGUAUUGUCUGUACAGCAGCCAGUUAAAUGGGGUUAUGUAAUAAAAAAAGUCACUAAGUUUGCACAAGGGCAGUAACCCAUAGUAACCAAUCAGCAGUAAGCAUCUUAUUGGUUGCUAUGGGUUACUGCUCCUGGGCAAACUUGGUGCCUUUUAUUACAUAUGGGGUAAGUCUGCAGCAACAAGUAAAGGCAUACUAUAAUCAGAAGGUUCUAACUAUUCUUGGGUGGGGACAGAGUAAACUAUAAUCACAUCAAUGAGAAAUAGUGAAUUGGUCCAUGUAUAUCAGGAAAUUUAUAAGGAAAAAUCAUGGACUAUUUUUUAUAGGGCAAUGGCAGUUUGGGGUCUUUUUGGGAACGGUGGGAACUCUCUCUUCUGAAAGACGGUCUGGUCUUGCACCAUUUGGCAAGAAGAGGGGAUGGGCCUGGCGCCUAGGGCAGUGCCUUACAGAAAUACAGCCCUGCUAUCCGUUCUUCAUGACCUGCCUGCAGGCCCAGGUAGGAGGGUGACAUUUUUUACCGGAGGCUACCAAUAAAUGGCUUGUGGAACUUAUAAUUAUAUAUGAAUAUACAGGUAUGGGAUCUGUUAUCUGGAAACAAGUUAUCCAGAAAGCUCCAAAUUACAGGAAAGCCCUCUCCCAUACACUCCAUACUAAUCAAAUAAUUCUAAUUUUUAAAUAUUUCCUUUUUCUCUGUAAUAAUAAAACAGUACCUGUACUUGAUCCCAACUAAGAUAUAAUUACCCCUUAUUGGGGGCAGAACAGCCCUAUUGGGUUUAUUUAAUGGUUAAAUUAUUCCCUUUUCUCUGUAAUAAUAAAACAGUACCUUGUACUUGAUCCCAACUAAGAUAUGAUUAAUCCUUAUUGGGGGCAAAACAAUCUUAUUGGAUGGAGAUCCAAAUUACAGAAACUUCCCUUAAUUGGAAACCCCCAGGUAUGAAGCAUUCUGAAUAACAGGUCCCAUACCUGUAUAUUAAUGGCAGAGAUUGCCAAUGUUGUUUGAAAGUGACACAGGCCAAGAUGGGGCCUGGGAACGUUACAUUCUGCCUUAGUUAGUCCUUACCUUUGAAAUCGCUAGAGGCUCAUUUUAAUUUGCAUGAUCUUCGGACGGAAAGGUCAUUGGAAGAGACAAACCAUUUAUUUUGAUGGUAGUAUCCCUUUUAAAGAAACAAAAAACUUAAGUUCUGCCUAAUGUAAUUCUAAGCAUAAUUCUAAUUUAUAUUCAUUAGACAUUUUCACUGGUUGUAAAGUUGUGUGUAAAUGUAAUGGGAAGCUGUGUUUCUCUGUCCCUCUCUGAGCAGCUGGUUUUGACUCUUAGAACAAUGUAGCAGAAGUCAGCACUUAAUUUCCCACAAUGCCUUCCAUGCUUCUUCUUGUUAGCAGCUAAUUUAUUACUUUCAAUAGACAGAACCAGUAGCCAAGACUGACACUGCUAUCAAAAGCAAUUGGGUACACUUUUAAAGAAACAAAAUAUAAAAAAAAAAAGGAUUUCCUUGAUGGAAGACAGGGGAAGUGGUAUAUCAAUCACUAAGGGACCAAGUCAUUUUGUAGUGCUUGGGGGGUGGACAGGGGUACAAAAUGACAGAAGUCUUGCAGCUCUUAACACCUUCCUGGCCCAAGGAGAAGGUUUGGCACAGUCACUAUAUUUCUUUGGCUUCUAAACAUGCACAAACAAUAGAUCAACUCUGCCACAAACUAUCUAUAAAAUUCAUGUGCAGCAGGGCUGAUUAGCAGUGCCAUUGGUAGUUAUUUCUGCACUGUGUGGAUGCAUACAAACCAGGCCAUACGAGUUGAUUAAUAAGCUACUCUGCAUCAUAUAGGUUUUAUAUGUUGGUUUCUAAACUGCUAAAGGUGAAACCUUGCAAUCCAGAUUAAUAAAGGUUAAAACAUCGAAAA